GACAAAGACAAACCGGAGGACAGACAGGGAGAAGUAUACAAGAUCAAAUGCUGUGACUGCCAGGCUUCUUACAUUGGUGAAACCGGCAGAAACCUAAGCACGCGACUGACCGAACACGAACGAGCGACGAGGAAUGGUGACGUCAACAAUCACAUUGCUGAGCACCGUUUACAGACGAAACAUCAAAUUGACUGGGACUCUGCGACAUGUAAAACGUAUUCGACAGACUACUAUCAACGUCUUACGUUAGAAAGCUGGUUUACUAAGUUAAACUUAGAACAAACGCCGCUGAAUCGUAGCCAACAGUUACCGGCGCCGUACAAACGACUUAUUGACGAGAUCAAGCAAAACUAA